UUCCAACAGAAAAGCUAAGUUUAAAUAUAAACCAAAUUAUUUCACCUUCUCUCUCAUUCGAAAUUAGUAUUAAAAAACAGCCCUAAAAUUAUGUCGCCGCCGCCGCAGCCGAACGGAAAGCCUGAGUGUCCGAUUUCCCGGCGAAUUGUUCGAAUAACCGUUACGGACGCCGACGCUACCGACUCUUCCAGCGACGACGAAGCGGUGUCGCCGAAGAGAACCCUAAAGCGACCGAAGAAGAAGCUUGUGAACGAAAUCACCAUCGGAGUUUCUGAGAAAGAGAACGAAGUAAUAGAGGAGCCGAGCCAGGGCAAGGCGAAGAGGUACAGAGGGGUGAGACAAAGGCCGUGGGGAAGAUGGGCGGCGGAGAUUAGGGAUGGUAGGAGGAUGAGGCUUUGGUUGGGCACUUUCGAUACGGCGGAAGAAGCGGCCGUUGCUUAUGAUCAAGCGGCGCUGAAGCUGCGCGGACCUAACGCCCCUACUAACUUUAAGUUGCUUGAUUUAAAUGCUGUUCAGUCCUGAAUUUUCUGUAAAUAUUAACCUUCUUUGUCCCUUUGUACCUUUUGUUGUUCUUGAUGUCCAUGUUGUUGUUAGGGCUUUUAGUUUUUGUAUCUUUGACUUUAUACAUGUAAUAACCUUCGAACAAUUGUUCUUCUUGUUUUUCUCUUUCAUCUGAUCAUAAUAUUGUACAUUUUUUAACUC